ACUGCAUCUACCCCUUAAAAUUAUCUAUUAGCCUUCGUGUAGAACUUCCCACUUUUUUGUAUCAAUUUUUUUGUUAUAUAAUAUAUAGAGUAAAAAACAUGAUUGGGAAAAAUUCAGUUAAAGCUGUGAUAUUGGUGGCUGGACCACAGAAAGGUACAAGGUUUAGACCAUUGUCACUAGAAGUGCCCAAACCAUUAUUUCCUGUUGCAGGUUGUCCACUAGUUGAGCACCAUAUUGCUGCAUGCAAAAAGGUUGAAGAAAUUGAUGAAGUUAUCUUACUGGGGUUUUAUCAGUCUAAUGAGAGAAUAUCGAGAUUUAUUGAUGAUAUGCGUAGGAAGUACUCAAUGAAGAUACGUUACUUACAAGAAUAUCAACCUUUGGGUACGGCUGGCGGCUUGUAUCAUUUUCGUGAUCAAAUAUCAAGUGUCGAUUCAUCUGCCAUUAUUGUUAUUCAUGCUGAUAUAUUUUGUGUACUUCCAUUAAAAGAAUUGCUGGAUUUGUAUAGUGUGAAGAAUGAAUCCUCGCCAGGCUCACAUGUUGUUUUGGGUACACAGGUCCAUAAGACACCAUUAUCCCAAUCUGAACAUGGUAAUAUGGUUAUCAACAAAACAACUUCAGAAGUAACACAUUAUGUUGAGAAACCAGAAAACUAUGUAAGUGGCGUUAUCAAUUGUGGAGUAUAUGCGUUCCAUCCUUCUGUUCUCGAUUCAUUAGCUGAAAUAUACCGCAAUAAUCAAGUUAGAUUACGGGAGGAAGUUGACGGUAAUGCUUCCAACCCAGAGAUGAUGUUCAUCGAAAAACAUUUAUUUUCACACAUUGCUGGCAGUGGUAAAUUGUACUGUUUAAUGUUAUCGAAUUCUUUUUGGGGAUCGAUGAAGAGCGCAGGGUCUGCCAUAUUUGCAAAUCGACAAUAUUUAGCCUCCUACAAAAAAGACAAUUUUAUCCAGUUAGCAGAAAAUAGUGACGGGACUGCUGAAAUUGUUGGCGACGUUUAUAUUCACCCCUCAGCAAUUGUUGAUCCUACUGCGAAAAUAGGUCCUAAUGUAUCAAUUGGAAGCAACUGCGUGAUUGGUCCAGGUGCCCGUGUACGCGAAUCUAUAGUUUUAGACAACGCUGAACUAAGGGAGAACUGCUGCGUGUUGAACAGUAUAAUUGGUUGGAAGUGUUUAGUAGGGGCGUGGUCACGUAUAGAAGGUACAGCGCAUGAUCCAAACCCUAAUCAUCCUCAUGCUCUUAUAUCCAACGAAUCACUUUUUCAUCCAGACGGACACUUGAUCCCUUCAAUUACUGUGUUAGGUUGCAAUGUUGUCAUCCCAAGAGAGGUGAUCGUUCUAAAUUCGAUUGUACUGCCUCACAAAGAACUCAACGGUAGCCAUAAAAAUCAAAUUAUUUUGUAAAUAAAAUAUGUCCUUGCUGAUAAGCGUUUCAGCUACUUGUUAAUUGGUGGAAGAAUGUUUUAGUUAUGGAUAAAUAUAUUAAUUCAGAUCGUUCAAUUUUGGUGUUGCGGUGGUGAUGGAAUAAUGGUUAUUUUCCUUGAAUUUGUCACUAAAUUGAGUCUUCUAUGUACAUUUUAAUCUUUUUUUUUUCUUUCUCACCAACCACUACAAUAGAAAAAACAAGUUAGGACGUACAGUCGGCGCUUGAUAUCUCGAACUCUCACGGAACCGACGCAAAUGUUCGAGAUUUCGAAAGUUUGAGAUAAAAGGAUAGUCGAGACUUCACGCGUGAAAGGCCUUAAAAGUUCGAGAUGGCGAAGUACAUGUACUUGUUUACGAAAGUUUAUCUUCUAGAUUAGUUUGUUUAGCCGAAAACAAGUUCGAGAUUACAAGAUAAUGGAUAUCUAGCGUCGACUAUAGUUACAUUUCCUAAUUGAGGAAAACGUCCGAAAGAAUUACGCCUUCCUUGUAAAAAUGUACUGUACAUGCUGUUCAUACGAUGUUAGUUAUUCUGAUUGGUCGGACUGGUUCGCUCUCGGAAAACCGUACAUUUUGCCAUGAAUAAGCAGUACUUUUAUAUUGGUGUACGUAUUGUCGUUUAAAUGAUUAUAUUGUAAUAUUUAUUUAUAUAUUUUGGUAAAAUAAAAAAAUUAUAAAAAUAUCCUCAUAGUAAAUCAUAUCUCGCCAAUAUUCGAUCUAUCAUUUUUUGGGUCGUUUUGUAACAUCACCGGAGUUAUUUUCUUGUGUUAUUUCCCUAUGUGUAUGUGCGCAUGCAUUUUUCUUUAUAAGCAUAACGCUUCUAAGCAAACCAGACUCAGAUAGGGAAAUUUUUUUAAGCUUAUGCUACGCCAUGGUAAAUCCUUCUAAUGUGUUUUUCUUGUGUUAUAGGUAUUGCAAUUAAACUCAGACUUUUCUGAUUCCUUAUACACAAUAAGAUUUUAAUUAACACCACUACUGUCUCAACUAGGUCUAAGCCUGAUUGCGUUUUUCGUAUAAACAUAUCCCAGCAAAAAAACUUUCUCGAUGCAAAAUCAAACAAUUUCGUCACGCCGGAACUAUAUGGAGACCAACCUAGUGGACUGUUUGAAAUAAAGGCUGCGGUGCGAGACAACCGCAGCGCCGAUGAGAGACAAAAAAAACCCUGGGGAUGAGGUUAAAAGUGUACCUUAACUAUAUUUAUAAUAACUUAAGUUUUGGAAAGGAGAGUGACCGUUCUCAGCCUUUCUUUUCCUAUCAUAAAUGGAACACGGAAACAAGGCAGGAUAAGAUGUACGAGAUUAUCUGUCUUCACGAGGAAAGGUACGGAAGUUCACUCUGAGAAAGUACGACGGUAAGGAGAAAAAAAAAAGAAAGUAGAGUCGAGGAAAUAAAAAAUUGAAAGUAAGGGCUAAAAAAUUAAUUUUCAAAGAAAGAGAUCC